AUGAGCCACAGUCCUUCCCCACCUGGCAUGGUGCAGCUCUGCUACGAGGGUGUGAACGGGUCUUGUAUUAAAACUCCCUACUCGCCAGGAGCCCGGGUGCUUCUGUACGCAGCGUUUGGCUUGGGCGCUGUGCUGGCUGUGUUUGGAAACCUCCUGGUAGUGACUGCCGUUCUUCACUUCAAGCAGCUGCACUCUCCCGCCAACUUUCUCCUCGCCUCUCUGGCCUGCGCUGACUUCCUGGUGGGGGUCACUGUGAUGCCCUUCAGCAUGGUCAGGUCCGUGGAGAGCUGCUGGUACUUUGGAGCCAGAUUCUGUGCCCUCCACAGUUGCUGUGAUGUGGCAUUUUGUUACUCUUCUCUCUUCCACUUGUGCUGCAUCUCCAUCGACAGGUACAUUGCUGUCACUGACCCUCUGGUCUAUCCCGCCAAGUUCACGGUGUCUGUGUCAGGGAUGUGCGUCAGCAUCUCCUGGAUCCUGCCCCUUGUCUACAGCGGUGCUGUGUUCUACACAGGUGUCAGUAACGAUGGGAUGGAGGAAUUAGUAAGUGCCCUCAACUGUAUAGGUGGUUGUCAAAUUGUUGUAAAUCAAGACUGGGUGUUGAUAGACUUUCUGUUAUUCUUCAUACCUACAGUUGUCAUGAUAAUUCUUUACAGUAAGAUUUUUCUUGUAGCUAAACAACAAGCUAUAAAAAUUGAGCACACUGGUGGCAAAGCAGAGUCAUCCUCGGAGAGUUAUAAAGCCAGAGUGGCCAAGAGAGAGAGAAAAGCAGCUAAAACCCUGGGGGUCACAGUGGUAGCAUUUCUGAUUUCAUGGUUACCGUAUACAAUUGACACGCUUGUUGAUGCCUUCAUGGGCUUCGUAACCCCUGCCUAUAUUUAUGAGAUCUGCUGUUGGGGGGCCUAUUAUAACUCAGCCGUGAACCCUCUGAUUUAUGCUUUAUUUUAUCCUUGGUUUAGGAAAGCCAUAAGGGUUAUUGUGAGUGGGGAAGUUUUGAAGGAUAGCUCCUCAACCAUUAGUUUAUUUUCAGAAUAAAUGCAAGCACUAAGUGGAGAAAUUUAAGGAUAUUUUCAAAACUAUGAAUUUAUGAUGAAAUUAGAUAUAAGAAAUGAAGAAAACCUUUCAAAACUAGAGAAAUAUAGUCUUUUUUCAAAUUAGCCAAGAACAAA